AUGACUGCUGCAAAGAAGAGCGUUGUGGUGACAGGAGGGGCCUCAGGCAUAGGUCUGGGUAUCACCCGAUCAUUCGCAGAACAAGGUGCCCAUGUUUCUGUCCUUGACGUAAACCCAGAGGGCGAACAGAUUGUCAAGGGAUUGUCAUCAGAGUAUCCCAAUGCCAGUUUCUCGUUCAUGAAAGCCGACAUCUCGAAGUGGGAUGAGCUAGCAGCAGUGUUUGAGCACAUCUAUCGAGAACAAGGCCGGAUCGAUGUCGUCAUGGCCAAUGCUGGGAUAUCGAGAGAACCAAAAUUGAUCGUCGACGAGGAAACGCCUUCAAAGCCCGCGUUGCACACUGUGGAAGUCAAUUUGAUUGGAACAAUAUACACUGUCAAACUGGCCAUUCACUACAUCCGGAAGAAUGCGGUGGUGAACGGCGCCACGGUCCCUUCCAAAGGCUCCAUUAUUUGCACGGCGUCGAACGCUGGGUUAUAUGCGUUUGGCGUAGCUCCCCUCUACGCUGCCUCGAAAUUCGGCGUCGUAGGGUUGGUAAGGUCACUCGCACGUCAACUCGAGAGGGAGGACAUCCAGAUCAAUGCUUUGGCACCAGCUGUUCUUGAAACAAACAUUGCACCGGACAAAGCAUUAUUCAAGAAGAUGAUCAUCACACCCAUGUCCACCCUAACCCGAGGUGUUCAACAGCUCGUAUCGAAUCCAUCCUUGACAGGCCAAAUUGCCGAGAUCCACGGGGAAAACGUGUCGCUUAGGGACCAGACCCCGUACAUUGACGAGGAUACCGGUACGAAUAUUGAGACGUUCUGGAGCCUGGGAUAUGCUUGA